CUUAAGGCUGCCAGCGGAGGGGGCUUCGACCUUACAUUCGCCAGAAGCACUCGACAACUGCUCCAGGGUCAGGGGGUGGGGGGCUCGCAGCUGGAGAAGGAGAAAACCCAAGAGCAGGACGCAAUCUUCUCCUGCAGAGUUCGUGGCCUCCCGUAGAAGCAAGACACGCUCUUCAGGAGCUCCUGUGCAGUGAGUUUUCUGUUGUGGUUUUGUUCAGUUAUCAUAAAGAAGAUUUUUUUUUCCAUUUUAGAAGAGGCUCUUUUGUCGCCUACAAAAAAAUGAAUAGCUUUCAAAAGAUUGAUUUGUCGCAUUUUAAAGAGAUUUAACAAGACAUACUUUCCCAGCAUAUUUUAUUUUUCAGGAAACUUUCCGUAGUGGCAGAUUUCUUGCCGCUCAGUUGGCAUAAUGAUGUUGUUUUGUGUUUAUUAGUUUGCCAUUUUUCGUUGUGUUCCUGUUUUCAUUCUUGUUUUUGGUGACGGUCUUUAAGGUAUUAACUUUAUCAGUCACCAUCCCUGCUCGCCUCUUGUCGUCUAUCCUUCUGUUCUUAGUUACCGAGGAAGUUUUGACAGGCAGAGUUUACAAUCUCCUCCGCCUCAGUCACUUUGCACAUGCUCUGACAGAAAACAGUGACUUAAUUCCUCUCUCUCUCCAUUCGAAACAUCCCCCACCUCCCCCCCCCCACCACGUUUUUUCCCUUUUUUUUCACCCUGCGCAGCCAGGAAGCAUGCCAGCAGUCCUGCUCUUCGUCCGCUCCCUGCUUAUCAGGCUGCUCAGUAGCAAAUUAGCGAGCUCGGCCGCACAGCUCAUCCGGCGAAUCCUGGCCGCCGCCGCUGCCCACCUCGGCUCCCUGCUGCGCCGCAUCUGGGACCGCAUCCGAUCGCAGGAGUCGCGAGAGGCCAUCCUGUCCUGCGUCCUCUGCAUACUCAGCAUGAACAAGAAAGUGGAUAACUGAGCACUUCUCUGGUCAU